AUGUCGAUUACCUUACUUUCCACCGAGCUCCUUCAGAGGAUCUACGAAUACGCAACCAUUCACGACGCGCUUCACCUCUCUCAAACUUCCAAGAGGAAUUAUCGAGCAUUUCUUGGUCGUCGAAUGCCAAUUAUGUAUCAGGCAAUGCACAAUUCAUAUGGACCCUUACCAGAGUUGGUCAAGCUGGUCAUAAGUAAUGAGCAGGAUAGGAGUCGAAGACCAAUGGGCACUGAACUACGUCGUAACAACGUGGUUAAUCGUAUACUUGAGAUACCAGAAACACCAAAGCUUACAAUUGAGCUUAUGAAGAAGAUGUUAGAGUACGGAAAGGUCGCCGAGACGUGGGCUGAGGUCUAUCCCAGACUACGAUGGAGGUUUGGCUCGGAUUCCAGACGUUUCCUGCGCUCACACGAACGCCAACGUCUUCGUCAAGCCAUAUAUAUACACUGGACCUACACAAGCCUUUUUCAUGACCAAACUUACACCCAGUUUGCGCCAGACCCACCUGUGAAUUCAUCCCAAGAUGACCCUCGCCUGCGACUUCUCCGAGCUUAUCCUGGCACCUCGCUCGCCCAGCUUAGCGAAUUUCACUUUCACAUUAUGCAAGUCAUCGAACAUGACUUGUAUCCAUCUAAUCAAGUCAUCCUUGAUCACUACUCACACAAUCUGCCUUGGAGAUCACUUGAAAAGCUGGCUUGGGGUGAGCGUGGUAACGACUAUUGGCGGCUUGUUCGCGCAAUCAUGAAAUUCAACCCAAGAGACAUGUUGCACUUGGUUGAGCACACUUCGACCAAGACAGAACGAGCCGAUUUCCUUCGUGCUCAAGGGCCGCACUUUCCAGAUACACCGGAAACGCUCAACGAAGCCCUGCGCGUGAUCUCAGCUGAAAGAUCCCAGGAAGCCAAAGCUACAUCAGAUCCUUCCCUGCGUGUUCCUUAUUGCCAUUCAUUCGCAGUGGUAUUCGAUCUUCGACAAGAAGACAUCGAGUACUGGGGCGGUCAUGAGACUGGUAUUGUGGAUGUUAGUCCUGCGGAAAUCAAGGAAGCGACAGCUCGGCGCUCUUUACAUUCUCAGUCCGCUAAUAAUGAUCUUUCUUUGGGGUCAAGAGGACUUGGUUUUCUGUUGUCAAAUGCAGGCAUCCAUGUUACUGAGGAUUGA